GGGCUUUCUUCUCUCAGCAUUUCUCUCUCUCUCUCUCUCUCACUCACUCUCUCUCUCUUUUUUUUUGCUUUCUCUUUCCAAGCCGUUCCCUUCCUUUCUUUGUCUGUCUCCUUGGAGGGUAAAAGCGAACAGGAGUGCGAAAGAGGGGGAGAGAGGGAAGGAGGGAAAGAGAGAGCGAGAGAGAGAGAGAGAGAGAGCGGAGGGGGGGAGAGAUAGAGAGUGAAAGGGGAAAGAGAAGCGAGAAAGGAGGACAAAAAAAGGAAAGAAUGGACCGGCCGCGCUCGUCUCCGUGACAAUACAGGCGCACCUAUCUGUCAGAGCCGUCUCUGAGUAAGACCACCUCUCUAUCUGUGUUGUGUGCGUGUGGGUGGGCUGUGAGGGGGGCUGUUUAAAGGGACACUGGGGUUUAAAGGGACACUAGGCAGUUUAAAGGGAUAGUAGGCAGUUUAAAGGGACACUAGGCUGCUGAUAGGCAUGUGUUUGUGUAUAUACGCGGAAGCUCAGAGACUCUCCCCCCUGAAAGGCUGAAGUUGUGCUGUCUCUGUUCCGCACUGGAGGGAUUCCCGUGUGCGUUAGUGUGGUGUUGCCCCAGGCUGGAUGUAUCACGCAGCAGAGCAGUAUUCUGGGCGGUACUCAUGGGACUCCUUCCCCUCCGGUGGCUCCAGCAGAGCAGCAUGGGCUCCUAGCUCCGGACGCAACUGGGCUGCUCCGUCCAGGGCCAGCGGAGGAGUGUACCCACCCCAGCACCCCGGUCUGAGCCACACAUCAGGAAGAAACCAUCAUAAAGCUUAUAACAACAGACCUCCAGAGUCAAGCAGGGACAGAGCUCACGGUCAGCCCAGAGAGAGAGGCCCCGGGAGGGUCCGGCCAGCCCCACGGCCUUGGGGUCCAAACCACCAGGAUACGGCCCGGGCCACUACUAACAGCUACAGCUCAGGAUGCGGAGGAACUGUCUCCAACAGCAACAAUCACGCCAGCCAGCCUCAGAGGUAUGGAGGCCCUCACCAGCAGCAGCGCCCCCCACAGGCACAGGGAGAGAGAUGGAGUCCAGUGUCCCCAUCCAGGCCUUUCCAGAGUCCUUCUCUCAAACGGCCAGCCCCCCCACACAGCGACUCAGCCCCUCACCGACACCCUUCCCCAUCCAGAGACGACUGCCCCAGCAAGAGGAGUAAAAGCAACAGCUCACACCAGGCUUUCACCCCUAGAAUGAAGCAUCCUAUGAACCGUCCUCUACUGUCCCACCCCCCUCGCACCUGGAGUCCCCCAUAUAGAAAUUCUGCCCCCUGGAGUCAGUCAAAUAAGAGGCAUUCUCCUUCACGCUUCCAGCAGGAGUCUAAUCAGUCCAGCAGCAGAGAUCACUCCCACAGGACCCAUCCGACCUCCCCUGCUCUCUGUGGCCCCAGCCAGGCCUUUCAGAAACCAGGCCACAACAACCCUCGAGAUCACCCGGGCCUCCGUGGAACCAAAGGGGACUGGGGGCGUACCGUUCCCCUCUCACCAGCAAACUUCACCAGAGUGCCUUACAGCCCCCAGCACCAGCCCCCAGCGCCAACACACAGGCAUCCAGAUGCAUCUGGCAAUGGGACUACGGUGUUGCAUCCCAGCCAUGGGUCACCCACAAUGGCCUGGAAAAGCCAGGAUCGCCCUGCAAAGCAGAGCAGUGAGACUAGGCGCUCUGGUACAGGGCUGGAUGGACGGCAGCAGUCACAGGAGCCGAAAGAGGAAGGGAGGCGCCACGGCACCGCCAAACACCCCCAGCCCUAUGGUGCUCCCUGCGAGAAAGACCACGGCAAGCAACGAAGUCCAGCUACAGAGGCCUCUACUGCCUCUCCAAGUCCUGAACCUGGAUCUAGUUCUCACAGGUCAGAGGGGAAGAAGAGCAAACUUUCCAAACACCGGAGUCCAUCUAACUACAUCCACUCCAGCUCCUCUAACCACGACAGUCAGGAGAGCUCAAUAAGCCGGCUGGAUACGAACCUGCAGAAACAUGGCCAAGCCAAGAAGAGGCACAGGGAGCGUGAGAGAAGGAAAGAAAAGAAAGGUGAGGAUGGGAGGGAGAGGAUGGAGAGAAAACUGGAGGCAAAGAAAAAGAAGAAAGAAAGGGAAGAGGGAAGAGGGCAUCGGGAGAGGAAGGGCAUGCAUAGAAAAGUGGAGAUGGGGUUGGGACAGAAUGAGAAGAAAGCUAAAGAUGCGAAGAAAAGACAGAGGAGAGCGGAGAGAGAUGGCAUUAAGAAAGGGGAGAAAGAGAAAAGAGAAAUAUCUCACCAGACUCCAUCGUCUCGCUCUCCAAGUAAAAGCCCUCAUUCAGCCAUUUUUCAGUCUACUCCAUCUCCAGCCGUCUUGCAUACAUCAUCAUCCCCAGCCCGUGAAUAUGUAGAGAGUGGAGGAGAGGAGGAGAGCAGCUGCCAUUCUGACUCUUCACACACCUCAGGGUCCGUCCCACCCUCCUCCACCCCUCCAGCCAAUCAGAGCCAUUCAAAAGAUACUGCCAAUAAUAUGACCUCAGAUAGUGAUGACAGCCUGCCCUCCUCUGAGCCUAUGAGUCCUAACACCAGCAGCUUCAAGAGGCCUCAAGAGGAGCAGUCUGACCUCAAAGUUUUUACCUCCAAUCUGCCUGCUAGCAGUGAGCAGGAAAUUCCCAUUUCGGAUGCAUCCACUGGUUUUGAGAAGAAUGUUCCCCAGCAGCCUGAGACAAGGCCCCAGCAUGCUCCAGACCUGCUGCCUGCCCAUGGCACCUGUACAGAUGACCACCUGCGGCUGGACCCCUCAGCCAGCCCCCCUGUCCUGAGCUGGCAAGGUUCCCCUGUCUCAGAUCUUAGUGAGGAAGAGGAGGAUAUAAUGAUGAGGAGGCCUGUGCUCCAGCCUAGCCCCACACACACCUCUCCACUUCAAGACCCAGAAGAGCCCUGGAAAGAACCUGGAGAGUCUUGGCCAGACUACCGCCAUAGUGACCUGGCCAAACUCUACGGCCUUGAUGAGCCUUCUAAGUUUGUAGAGGAAGAGGAGGAUGAAGAACAUGAGGCAGAACAGCAGGACAGCAGCACAACAAGCUCUCAGGUCACCCAGAGACCCCACCUGCACCAGACUGAUAGCAUCUCUGGCUCAGGCAGCCAUAGGUACACCUACAGAGGUGGACCUUUUGGCCGGCCACCUCCAAACGCCCUGGGUGGGGUCAAAUACUCUUCCUCGCUUUCGCUGGGCCCAGAGAUACGGCCUCCAGACCAACAAAGCCCAACCUCAGCAUCCCCAGUGGCUGUAUCUCCAAUGGCUGGGUCACCAACUGACCCUUUCCCUACUGAUCUGACCCCAGCUGACCUGAACCCAAGUGGCCUGUCCCAAACUGUCCUGCCCAUUGCUGAUCUGUCUUCAACUGGUCUGUCCCAAACUGACCUGUCUCCAGCUGGCUUGUCCCAACCUGUCCUGAGCCCAACUGGCUUGACCCCAACUGGCCGAUCCCACACUGGUCUGUCUGAAACUAACCUGACCCCUACUGGAGUAGCCCCUUCCCAGAGUCCCUCGGAUCUGAUUUCAGAGCCUGAGGAUGACAAAAAAAUGAAGGAAGAGAAAAAGGAGGACAGUAGGGCCCACAAGGAAGUCAGUGACAACCUAAUCAAACCUGUAGAAUCACACAGGGAGCCUACCUGUACCUCACUGGAGGAAGAGAAAGAAGCAAAGAUAAUGUCACCCGCAACCCUGCAGGCCAGACUGGCCCACAGUUGCGAGGUGCUGUUGACGCAGAGCUCUAAUCCUGUCUCUGUCCCCAUCCCAGAAGAAACGAGUGGAAAAAAAGAGUCCAAAACCAUCAAAGCGACUGAGAAGGCAUCAGAACGAGUCAGAGAGAAGAAGGGAGAGCGUGAGAGGAGUCAGAAACAAAAGCUUGGCAGCAACCACCAAGGUUCACAUGUAAGAGAGGGCACAGGAAGAACACAUAAAAAGCAGAAAGGAAAGACUGAGAAUGAGGCACAGUGCUGCUCUCCAAAAUCUCUGCCCCUUUCCUCUACCUCCGGUGGUCGUUCCAAGCAGCUCAGGAACAAGCAGGCAGUGACUGUAGAGAACAUCAAACAACGGACUAAAGAGGCAGAGAAAGAGAGGGAAAAGGAGCGAGAGAGGGGGGAAGAAGAGAGAGUCAAACCUGCGGAGGAGAAUGAGAACAAAGACAAUGGAAGCGCAUGUCUGACACAAGCCACAACAAAAGCAACAACCAACACAAACACCUCCCCCAGUGCAAGUGGCUCCAGCAAGCCUCCAUUGAGCAAAGCUGAGUUGCUGAGGCUACAGGGCCUGUCUGCCAUACCUCUGAAAGAGCUGAAGAUCCACCUGGUUAAAGUAAAGAGCAAUGGGAGGCAAACAUUCAUUGCCUCUGAGAUUGAGCAGAAGAGGAUUCCGCUAAAUGAUAUCAGUAUUAAGAACACAGCAGCAGAGAUCAUCGGGGCCUGCAAAGGGGCAACAGUGAAGGGCAAAUUCCACGAGUCCUAUCUGUUGCCUGCACUGUCAGUAAAGCCUGUAUUAAAUGUGGAGUCUCUCAUACCCCGUGAGAAGCUCAAUCCUCCAACACCCAGCAUCUACCUCGAGAGUAAGAGAGAUGCAUUUUCUCCAGUGUUGCUGCAGUUCUGCACAGAUCCCAAAAACCCUGUUACUGUUAUCAGAGGCCUGGCAGGAUCCCUCCGGCUUAACCUGGGUUUGUUCUCUACUAAGUCCUUGGUGGAGGCGAAUGGUGAACAUGCUGUGGAAGUGAGGACUCAGGUGCAGCAGCGAGCUGAUGAAAAUUGGAACCAUGCCGGCUCAGCUCAGACUUGGCCAUGUGAAAGCAGCCGAUCCCACACCACCAUUGCCAAGUAUGCUCAGUAUCAGGCCUCCAGCUUCCAGGAGAGCUUACAGGAAGAGAAGGACAGCGAGGAUGAAGAUGAGGGAGAGAAAAAAUCUGAACCAGUCGAGUUGAAAUCAGAGGCUUUGUCCAUCUCUCCUUCUGUCUCCGGCACAUCCAAGUCAGAAGAUGCCUUACUUAAUUUAUUAUCUCUGAAUGUUUACUCAUCAUCAUCUGGCUCUCCAGUGAUGUGUUGCUCACUGUGGGAAAUUAUGUGUAUCUCUUUUUCUUUUAGCGCUGAUCAGAAAGCGAUCGGGAAAAUCAUCAAAUUUGGAACCAACAUUGACCUCUCUGACCCAAAGAGGUGGAAGCCCCAGCUGCAGGAGUUGCUGAAGUUGCCAGUGUUCAUGCGUGUUUCUUCAAGUGAUAACAUGCUGAGCCAUGUGGGUCACACCAUUCUGGGCAUGAACACCGUCCAACUGUAUAUGAAGGUUCCAGGCAGCAGAACUCCAGGCCACCAGGAGAACAACAACUUCUGCUCUGUGAACAUCAACAUCGGCCCUGGAGACUGCGAGUGGUUUGCUGUGCAUGAGCAUUACUGGGAGGCCAUCAGUGAUUUCUGUGAGAAGCAUGGAGUAGACUACCUGACUGGCUCAUGGUGGCCUGUUCUAGAAGAUCUGUACCAGGCCAACAUCCCCGUGUACCGUUUCAUCCAGCGCCCAGGAGACCUGGUGUGGAUCAAUGCCGGCACUGUGCACUGGGUGCAGGCCGUGGGCUGGUGCAACAACAUUGCCUGGAACGUGGGCCCUCUCAACUCGUACCAGUAUCAGCUUGCUCUGGAGCGCUUCGAGUGGAACGAGGUCAAAAAGGUCAAGUCUAUUGUUCCCAUGAUUCAUGUCUCCUGGAAUGUCGCCCGUACAAUCAAGAUAACAGACCCGAACACUUACAAAAUGAUCAGGCACUGCCUCCUGCAAUCCAUGAAGCAUAUCCAGAUCCUGCGGGACCAGCUGAUAGCAGCAGGGAAAAAGAUCUUCUACCAAAGCCGAGUGAAGGAUGAACCGGCCUACUACUGCAACGAGUGCGACGUGGAGGUGUUCAACCUGCUCUUCGUGACCAGCGAGAGCAGCAGUAGGAAGACGUACGUGGUGCACUGUGAGGAUUGCGCUCGGCAGCGCAGCCCCAGCCUGGGCGGAGUGGUGGUGCUGGAGCAGUACAGAGUGGAGGAGCUAAUGAGCACAUACGAUAACUUCAGCCUGGCUCCCUCGCCGUGUCCUAAGUGAAGCCGACGUGUGAUGUCACAGCCAUAACCAAAUCCCUGCUCGUCCGCAGCAGUGCCAACUUUCAGUUCUCUGGUUUUUUUUUUUUUGGUUUGUUUUUGUUUGUUGUUGUAUUUAUUUUUCCACAACCACUACUGCAAACUCUCUCUGCGUUACCAAUCAGCAAAGCUGUUUACUCAGUACUGUUUACAGACAGCGCAUCAGCAGAAGGUCUCCGGCUCGGUUGUCUUCCUCCACCAGCUCUACUGACGGGACGCUCAGCGUCACAGAGUCUUCAGAAUGACUCGCGAGGUGCCACAGACUCGAACCCGGUGCACACUGGACUCGUAAUGUGAACUGUGUUUAAGAAAAACGUUCCACAGAGGAAACUGCUGUGAUUUUUGUUUUGUCAAUAUUUAAAGGAAAAAAAAAAAAGAAUAGAAAGUAGGCGGAGUCAACACGUGAAUUAAUUCAGGUACUAUUGUAGUUUACAUUUAUGCAAAUCUGCGGAGGUUUUUUUUUCCCCGUCUGGUUAUUCGGUGUCUCGGAUUUUGCUGAACAAGUGGUGCUUUGAUACGACACGAAACAGCAGCUCUCCGCUGAAGGAGCUAAUGCUAAUUACGACAGUGGCAUUAUUUCGGGUGUUUUUUUUAAUUCAUUUUUAUCGUUGUUUUGUUGUCGUCAUUGUUGUUUUCGUUGUGCUGUCAUAUUUACUACGACUCUAAUCUUUGUAAAUGCUGUUUUGCAUAUUUAUCCGGGUGCUAUUUUGUUCUCUUUUCAAAAAUUUACAAAGGUAUUCAACUAAAAAAAAAAAAAAUAUUAAAAAUUUUUUUAACAGCCUACAGCUACACCGUUUUGGCCUUGUGACUUGUAUUUAGACGACAAAAAAAAUACAAAUAAAUAAAUAAAGGCAGAAAAUUUGCAUAUUUCUCAGAGCAUUAAGCAUAUUAGCUAAACAAUAAAGUACACGUCACAAAUCUCUCCAAAAAUACGGGUUGAAUCCAGAGACGUAUUCGCAUUUGUCUAGAAAACCGUGAGUGUUUCAGUGGAGUUUUUUAUUUUUUGUAUUAUGAUCAUUAAUAUUAUUAUUAUUAUCAUUAUCUGAAAACAAAAAAAAUCAUUCCUAUCGUUUCCAUUCUUUCAUCUUUCGAAUGAUUUUAUUCUUCUUGAUUCUCCUUUUUUUUGUUUGUUCUCAGAACUGAAUUCCUGAAAUCUUGUGGUUUUAUUUAUUCGACUGCUUCUGGCGUAUUUAUUGAAGAUACAUGGUGCUCCUCCUAAACGAGGGAAGUCCAGAUUUUGUAAAUGUUUUUGUUUCUGUUCCUUUUUUUUUUUAAAAAAAAAAUAAAAAUCGUGCUAUCGUUUGGGCAGCGCCGAGGUCCAGGAGGGGGACGUCUGAUUCUAAAUGGUGCUCGAUCCCCCUCGCCCGGCCUGCCGCUCAGUGUAUAUGAUCUAGAGAAGUUACGUACAUGAAUAUAACAUUAAUCUCACAGCUUGGUGCUUAGAACAGAGUCUGUACACCUUUAUGCCCUGAAUGUCUUUGUACUGUAUCCUACAGAUUGAAAAAAAGAGUUUUGUUUUUACGUUACAUUACAUGAAAAUACGAGAUGUUGUGAUACGUGUGGAUGACGACUAUCAUACUUGCUGUUCCGUACGAUCCUUUUAUGAUUAUAACCUGCAGAUUUCGACGAGCUGUGGUUGGUUUUUUCUGUCCACUCCUCUCUGAGUGUGUUUGUCAGGUUUAUUCCAUUUUUGAGUUUUAUGACUUCUUUACUGUAUAAAGGAAGAAAGAAAGAAAAAAAAAGAAAGAAAAUUGAAAAUGAUGAACUGAGCCAGACCUGUCUUAAACACUCGUGUGAUUUUGUGUGUCAUAA